AAAGAGUCGUGGUGAGCAGCAAUUUUUUUCUCCCCCCGUCUCUCUCUCUCUCUCUCCUCCUGUCUUCUCUUUCUCUCUCUAGAAAUUCUUUUCUCUCUCAUCCACAAUGCCUUACGUCUCGCUUUGAAAUUGUUUGAUGUGAUGUCAUGCCCUCCUUCCCUAAGAUUAGCUUGAGUUUUCCGCUCUCUCCCUUGUUAAGAUUUGAUUUUUAUCCUUUUUUUUAGUCGUAUCUAAUCGAUUCUUUCGUCAUUUAUUUUGUUGGGUUUUAGCCUUAGAUUCUUUAUUUAUUUUAAAAAAAAAAUUCUGUUUUGUUAGGUAAGAUUUUCUUUGAGUUCACCUUUGUACUAGAGUCCUAACUUAUUAAUGGUUUGUUGAUCUUCUAUUAUUCGAGUUGGGUUUCAAUUUUCACUCUCUUUUUAUUAAUUCUUGAAAAUCUUGGUCCCAAAGGAAUAGCUUGACAGUAAUAGCUAACGUGAAAUUUCGAUUAUUCUUUCCAUUCAAUUUUUCCCAGAAAAUAUUGAUCAAGAUUAUCAACUUCUCUCUGCUACCUUGUUUUGGAGUUAUAGUCUUGUAUUUGAGUCUGCAAAAAUGGAUUUGAAGAUUGGUGGAGGAGAUAGUAACACACAAGAGGGGGAGUUGGGGUUGAAGGAAAAGGAUGUGGGAAGUAUUAGUAGUAAAGAUAUGUUUUUCAGAGCAGAUAAGAUUGAUUUCAAGAGUUGGGAUUUACAAUUGGAGAAACACUUGAGUCGAGUUUGGUCGAGGGAUAGGGAAUGAAGGUAUUGGAUUGGGGUGAGGAUGGUAUUGCCACGGCUGCUGAAACUGCUGCUCUUCGGGCGUCGUUUCGGCAAGAGGUGGCUGUUUGGCAUAAACUUGACCAUCCAAAUGUUACAAAGUUCAUUGGAGCUUCUAUGGGAACAUCAAAUCUUAAGAUUCCUUCUGACAACACUUCAAGUGAUGCUCAUAAUUCCCUUCCCUCCCGAGCUUGUUGUGUCGUUGUUGAGUACCUUCCGGGUGGAACACUAAAGAAAUACUUAAUUAGGAAUUGGAGAAAAAAACUUGCCUUUGGGGUUGUGAUUCAACUUGCUUUGGACCUUUCUAGAGGUUUGAGCUAUCUUCACUCGAAGAAGAUUGUACAUCGUGAUGUUAAAACAGAAAAUAUGUUGCUAGAUUCUCGCAGAACUCUAAAAAUUGCUGAUUUUGGUGUUGCUCGAGUUGAAGCUCAAAACCCGAGGGACAUGACUGGGGAAACUGGUACCCUUGGGUACAUGGCCCCCGAGGUCCUCGAUGGCAAGCCUUACAAUAGGAAAUGCGAUGUCUACAGUUUCGGAAUAUGCUUAUGGGAAAUCUAUUGCUGUGACAUGCCUUAUCCUGAUCUUAGCUUUGCCGAAGUAUCUUCUGCAGUUGUUCGCCAGAAUCUGCGCCCAGAUAUCCCUAGAUGUUGCCCGAGUUCAUUGGCGAGCAUCAUGAAGAGAUGCUGGGACGCAAACCCUGAAAAACGCCCAGAGAUGGAUGAGGUUGUGGGGUUGUUAGAAGCCAUAGACACGAGCAAAGGAGGUGGCAUGAUACCUGAAGACCAGGCUCAUGGCUGCUUCUGUUUCAGCAAACCUCGCGGUCCAUGAUUUUUUUGGGGAAGGUUUUCAUACUCAUCAAAAGUAUCUGUAGCACAUGAACGUUGAAAUUUUACACAUUAGAAUGUAUGGAAGCCAAUUUUUUUCUUUGCCGAAGCUGUUAUAGCAUUUUCCAAGGUUGUGACUGCAAAUCUUGUCAGUUGAUGGGCUGUUUUUGAAAAUAAAGCCAGGUUUUGUGAGAAUUGCAUUUAGUCAAUAAUCAUUGUAAUUUUUUCUUAUACAGUUCAUUUCUAUUGAAUGAUUUGGGGAGAAAAGAGAAUGAUUUCUUCGU